CUUUCACAGUUUCCUCUUUCAAUCCCCGCACACGAUUACUCCUCCUAUAAAUACACAUUUACAUACACAAAUAAAUCUCCACACUAAUCGCUAGAAGCUUCUUCUCACGCAUUUCUUCGUUGAUCCAGGUUGGAGGAGCGCGCAGCUGAGCGUGCGCCGUCUGUCUUAAUCUAAAGAAGAUCGCUGAAUUCGUUUCUGUUUCUGUUCCCUCUUGGCUCGAGAUCCGAGCCAAAGACGGAGUGUUUUGUAGCUACUUGGAGCUUCUCCGUCGAACAUACAGCUUCUCAAUAGGGUUUGUCAGUGAGCAACUGCGAAUGGCGUCAGGUGAGGGAUUUCUGACGGAGGAACAGCGAGAGAUUAUGAAAAUCGCGACUCAGAAUGCGGAGGUCCUUUCCUCUUCGCCGAAGUCUUCAUCUGGAUUGCUGUCUGAACAUCACGUGAAAGCUCCUGUUGGCGGUAAGGCGUCAACUGCUGGGAUUGCGGUCAGACACGUAAGGCGUUCGCACUCGGGAAAAUAUAUAAAAGUUAAGAAAGAUGGAGGUGGUGGUAAAGGCACCUGGGGGAAGCUACUUGACACUGGUGGGGAGGCUCACAUUGAUAGAAAUGAUCCCAACUAUGAUAGUGGAGGAACCUUAUGAGCUUGUUGGAUCUGUUGUUUCUGAUCCAUUGGAUGAGUACAAGAAAUCAGUGGUGUCUCUUGUUGAGGAAUACUUUAGCACCGGUGAUGUGGAUGUUGCAGCAUCUGAUCUGAGAGAACUAGGUUCGGUUGAAUAUCACCCCUACUUCAUCAAGCGUCUUGUCUCCAUGGCAAUGGAUAGGCAUGACAAGGAAAAAGAGAUGGCUUCUGUCUUGCUCUCGGCCCUUUAUGCUGAUGUCAUCAGCUCGGCCCAGAUAAGCCGAGGAUUCUUUAUGCUUCUCGAGUCUACCGAUGACCUGGCAGUGGACAUACUAGAUGCUGUUGAUAUCCUUGCUCUGUUCAUAGCUAGGGCUGUGGUGGAUGACAUCCUCCCUCCAGCUUUCAUCGCAAGGGCAAGGAAAAUGCUUCCGGAAGCCUCCAAGGGAUAUCAAGUGUUGCAAACGGCUGAGAAGAGCUAUCUCUUGGCACCCCACCAUGCCGAACUUGUGGAGAGGCGGUGGGGAGGCAGUACUCAUCUCACUGUUGAGGAGGUGAAGAAAAAGAUUGCUGAACUCUUACGUGAAUACAUUGAGAGCGGAGACACCAAUGAGGCUUGCAGAUGCAUUCGGCAACUAGGAGUUUCGUUUUUCCACCAUGAGGUUGUGAAGAGAGCUUUAGUCUUGGCCAUGGAGAUCCGCACUGCGGAGUUCAUCAUCAUGAAACUUCUGAAGGAGGCUGCAGAAGAAGGCUUGAUAAGUUCAAGCCAAAUGCUGAAGGGUUUCUCACGUUUAUCCGAAUGUCUAGACGAUCUCGCUCUAGAUAUACCUUCUGCAAAAACACUGUUUCAAUCCAUUGUCCACCAAGCAAUCUCUGAAGCAUGGCUUGAUUCCUCUUUCCUCAAAUCUUUGUCAAAUGAAGACGGGAAGGUCCAUGAUGCAGACUAUGAAAGGAUGAGGAGAUACAAGGAGCAAUUCGUCAACAUAAUUCAUGAAUAUUUCCUCUCUGACGACAUCCCGGAAUUGAUCCGGAGCCUGGAGGAUCUCAAUGUGCCGGAAUACAACCCAAUCUUUCUGAAGAGGCUGGUUACCCUUGCAAUGGAUAGAAAGAACAAAGAGAAAGAAAUGGCAUCCGUUCUGUUAUCCGCUCUUCACAUUGAGCUCUUCUCAACAGAAGACAUAGUCAACGGUUUUGUGAUGCUUCUGGAAUCUGCAGAUGACACCGCCCUCGACAUCUUAGACGCAUCGAAUGAGUUGGCCCUUUUCCUGGCGAGGGCGGUGGUCGAUGAUGUCCUUGCUCCGCUGAAUUUGGAAGAGAUCAGCGGCAGGUUGGAGCUGAACAGCAGCGGGAGCGAGACGGUCCGCAUGGCUCAAUCUCUGAUCUCUGCACGCCAUGCAGGGGAGAGGAUCCUGAGGUGUUGGGGAGGCGGGACCGGUUGGGCUGUGGAGGACGCUAAGGACAAGAUCAUGAAGCUCCUUGAGGAGUUUGAAAGCGGCGGUGUAAUUAGCGAGGCUUGUCAAUGCAUACGCGAUCUGGACAUGCCCUUCUUUAACCACGAGGUGGUCAAGAAAACUUUGGUUAUGGCUAUGGAGAAGAAGAAUGAUGGGAUGUUGGAUCUGCUACAGGCGUGCUUUGAUGAGGGUCUGAUCACCAUCAAUCAGAUGACAAAGGGAUAUGGGAGGAUCAAGGAUGGGCUGGAUGAUCUGGCACUGGACAUUCCUAACGCGAAGGAGAAGUUUGAGUUUUACGUGAGCAGUGCCAAAGGAAGAGGCUGGCUCUUGCCUGCCUUCUGAUGGUAAAUAUCACGUCUCCUCGAUAUUUGUCUGUUGUAAUGUGUGCUAGCCUCUGCCUAAUGUGUUUUUGUUGUUGUUGUUCCAUAUGGAAGUUGCUCUGCACCCCCCCCCCCCCCCUUCUGCAUCCGAUUCGCUGGUGGGAUGAAUGCAGUUGGCUUCCUUCUCUUCCAUUCCAGUGUUUUUUUAUCUGAUGGAGACUUCAUAGAUGUAGAAAAGAAGUACGGACUUGUUGUUCCUUCAUUCCUUCUUUUGGGACAUUUCCUAUGGGAGGAGGCAUCACAGUACUUUUCUUUGUUCUCGUGCAUAUGGAUUAGCUCUAGUGAGACAUGGGCUCUCAUUUCUUUCGCAAUGACCUUUUGGUGUCUUUACUUCUUCUCUGCCGUGUGUGAUGACAACUACUGGUUUACCCCCCCUCCCCCGCUCAAUAAUCUGUUUGUUCAUGGCUAUUGAAUGCGCGUUGGAGAUAUAGGUUUUUAUACACGUAGGGGUGGACUCGGGUCCGGGUUGGGCUUAGGCCCGGGCGGGCCGGCGGUUCAGGAGUGGUGGACCCGAGACCGGCCCGGCUAACCAUUGGGUCCGGGUCGGGUCCAUUAUCAAUUUUUUUCCCCUCUUCCUAAUUAACCCCCUCCCACCCCCAACCCCCCAAAUCACCCCCAAAUGGCCCAAAAUACCCAGCCCAACCCGAAAAUUGAAAAAAAUUGAAAAAAAAUCAAUUUUGGCCCGAACCGGGCUCGGGCCUGGCCGGGUCGGGCCUUGUUUUGGGUGACCUGAGCCCGGACCGGAAAACCCACGGGUCGGGCCUACCCGGACCGGUCAUUGACCGGGCCAUCGGGUUGGGCCGGGCCGGAACAGUACUGGUCCCAGGCCGGUUCCGGGUCGGGCCACCCGGCCCGAGUCCAUCCGUAUAUACACGUGCUCUUUUUCGUUAGCGG